CAGAUUAGUAGGGGAAAGUCUGUGUACAGUACCAGCUUAGGUAUCUGGUAUUCUUAGGUUCAGCGUAUUCCCGUCGAAUGUAGGCUCCGCGUCGUACGGGAGACGAUAGUGAUCGUCAGCGAUGACUGGCGUAAACUGUUAUUCCUUAUUGUCUGCCGUCGCAUUGCUGAGAGCUGCGCUCUGAAGGACCUUUUCCGGUCUGUUGCACUCGUUCGGCAGAAUCUAGGUUGAGAUAGCGCUUGCUGCUAGGCUAUCCACGGUAGAGCGUUGUUGACCUCGAUAAGAGCUCCCCCAUUGUAAGCUUUCCAUGUUCUAAAGCUUCGAGAAGGAAGAUCGUCGCAAUGGUUCUCGCUGCUGUUGUUUCCGUGCUGCUGUUUCUCCCCGUCGCAUUAUCCUUAGCAUCGAAUCACUCCCUCUUGGCCAUGCAUCAUGGCGACGCAGCUAGUAACGAGUACUCCGCAAAACAGCACGGGGGUCACCGCCAUGACCUCCUCGAGUUAUCCUUCGCCGUUUCUCGCAAAUCCGUUACUCGCGAAUCCGUUUCUCGCGAAUUCGUUCCUCGCGGAGCGACCCCCCUCGCUGCCUCUCAAC